AUGGAAGAAAGUUCCAGCGUUCGUGAGAGUGAUAACUUCCGAGAGAGUUAUGUUGAGGGUGUGGAUCCUCAACCACCUGCGGAUGUGUUUUCCCAGGAAGUUACCGAGUCAGUGAAAGUCUUUGUGAAUGACGGGUCAAGUGAAGGCGCUUAUGCACUAGAUCUGGUGACGCCAUCGAAGUCAGCUUCGGAGGUAGUCAAGUUGCCAACGCUAAAAUUCAAAAGAUUUUUGCGAGAUCUGCGUAGUGACAAGAUCAAGAAGAUUUGCGUACUCGUCACAGAGGACGAGUACGUCGCCGAUAUUCGGUCGGCACAAGUCUUUGCCGAGAACAAACGGGUUCUCAGUAGCUCAUCUACGGGCGGUAGUGUCCUCGAUGAGAAGACCCGAAUUUAG